AUGUAUACUGAGAACUACAAGUCUGAUCGAUUGGUGUUAAAUAAAUUUGUAUUAUAUGAAACAAAAACGAAUUAUUACAUAGUAGGAUCAAACCAAAGUGAUAAUCGGUUUCGUAUAUUAAAGAUUGACCGAACAACGCCUACUGAACUUAAUGUAAUUGAAGAUGAUGUGAUAUAUUCGAAGCAAGAAAUAAAUGACAUUUUAACUGUUCUCGAAGAAGGUAACAGAAUUUCGGGUGGACUUAAGAACAUUAUAGCCGCCUAUGGGAUUGUAGGAUUUAUUCAAUUUACGGAUGGCUUUUACAUCUCACUGAUCACCAAAAGAAGUCCCGUUGCUUUAAUUGGUGGUCAUUAUAUAUAUCAUAUUGAUGAGACGCUUCUUCGCCCAAUUGGGCCACAGACAAAGCAUGAAAAAAAUUCAGAUGAAUACAACUACACUUAUGAUAUUACUCAUACACUUCAACAUAACAUGAUUCGUCCAUCAAAUCGUAGGAGUUUUUCAUAUAACGAAAUGUUUGUUUGGAAUCACUAUUUAUUAGAAAAUGGAUUUCGAAGUCUAAAGAACAAUUCUGAUUGGAUUUUACCGGUUAUCCAUGGUUUUGUGGAUCAAUCAAGUAUGCUUUCUUUAACUAUAAAAUAUAAUAGUUCAUGGAAAGAAAUAUUAAGUUUAUAUGACUUUUUAGAAAUUUCAAUAUUUGGGCGGAAUAUCUUUGUGACAUUGAUUGCUCGAAGAUCAAGAUUCUUUGCUGGUGCACGCUUUUUAAAACGUGGUGUCAAUGAUCAAGGUUAUGUCGCAAACGAUGUAGAAACUGAACAGAUAGUAGCAGAUAUGAGCACAACAUCGUUUCACCGAUCUGGACUUUACGAUAAUCCUUACUACACAUCUUAUGUGCAACAUCGUGGAUCUAUACCCUUGUUUUGGUCACAGGAUGUGACAAACAUGACGCCAAAGCCUCCUAUAGCAAGUUUGCACUUUGAUAAUAUGUUCAAACGUUAUGGUGCACCCAUAAUUGUCCUAAAUUUGAUCAAGACAAAAGAAAAGAAUCCUAGAGAAUCUAUUUUGGGAGAUGAACUUGCAGAUGCCAUGAGCUAUUUGAAUCAAUUUUUACCAGAAAAGUCUCUCAUAUAUCAUCCUUGGGAUAUGUCAAAGGCUAGAAAAAGUGACGAAGACGUUUUUGAUAUCAUGGAAGGAUAUGCAGAAAAAUAUUUAGCUGAUACAGGAUUCUUUCAUAGUGGUCCUGAGGCAUGGGUUAAUGUUUUGAAUAGAGAACAAACCCAAGGAAAACCACAAAAGCGCCAAAUGUUUAGGCGACAAAGUGGUGUUGUUAGGACAAAUUGUAUCGAUUGUUUAGAUCGUACCAAUGCCGCACAAUUGAUUAUCGGUAAAUGUGCUUUGGGUCAUCAGCUACAUGCAUUGGGCGUAAUCGAUCAACCCUGGGUUCCUGUUGAUUCUGAUGUAAUGAAUAUGCUCACUGAUAUGUACCAUGAUCAUGGGGAUACUAUUGCUUUUCAGUAUGGUGGAUCAAAUUUAGUCAACACCAUCGAUGCUUAUCGAAAGAUAAAUCAAUUCACCAAUCAUUCUAGAGAUUUACUAGAAAAUUUGAGGAGAUUUUAUAGUAACACCCUUUGUGAUGGUGAAAAACAGGAUGCGAUUAAUCUUUUCCUCGGAUACUACCAAGCGCAAAAAGAUAAGCCGAUGUUAUGGGAGCUUACGAGCGACUAUUAUUUGCACAAUGAAGAUCCUCGUUUUAAAAGACCACGGAGAAGGCAUGAUAUCCUGAGAAAUUAUAAGCCAUCUUUAAAUCUUAAUCAACAGCAGGAUACUUCAAGAUAUCAACUCGUUCCUCGCAUAGCCCGUCAAUUCGAAGAUGACGAAGCGGAUCCAUAUUCUGGUUAUUGGGUUGAAUAUUAUCGUCCGCGAAUUUUCACGUCAUUUGAAAAAUUGUUUGCAUUUGACAUGAAAAGUACUACGAAAUAUAUUCCAUCAGGCAUGGACGAAAGUCCAUUCAAAGUUCGGGUAACUCAUCCACAAGCUUCUCGUUUGAUGAAUGUUGGAAAUGUCAAAAAAUGGUUUGCCUCACUACCAAACACAAAGUCUAAAGAGGCUCAUUCUAUAACAAAUGAAAAUGAGAAGGAAGAGAAAGAACAUAUAAAAAAAAAAGAUAAAUAUAAUCAGAAUACAAUGGAAUCUAUUGUUUCAAAGAGUUUAAAUCCUUCAGUUUCUUCGAACGAAGCGAAAGAGUACAGACAAUACAUAAAUCAAAACAAAAAUCUAGUUCUAACACCAACGCCAACUGGCAACAACGAUCCCGCAUUAACAAGUCAUUCGGAUUAUAACGUUUACAACGCCUACAUGCGGCGUGCCAAUUUGUCAAAUCCGAUAACAGAUAUAAGAGUGCCUUCAACAGAUGAAAAAGUAUAUGAAGAAUGUUUAGAUAUACCAAAGAAAUAUGCUAUAUUACAAGCUGUAGGUUCAGAUCAUGUAAAUUAUAGCGCUGCAAAGAGUAGAUAUCAAGCUUACGAAACAUGGUUGAAAACGGGAAAGUUGGUCGGAACUAAUAAUAAUGUUGUAAAUUCUUCCAAAUCCAAAAAUGGCGGAGGAGGUGAGAAGGGAAGUAUCUCUAAAAAGGACAAAGAAAAAAUUAAGGAAAAUCAAAUUAAAGGAUAA